GACUGGCUGUGGAUGGUUAAGAGGGCAGGGAGCCCAGGAUUUUUGCUGUUCGGUUUUCUUUCUAUUUGAUCGGGAAAGGAGAGGGGGUGGGGAAAGCUAAUAUCCAGCUUUGCUGAUUGAAAGUAGCUGACUCCGUGUCGGAUCUCCACCUCUCUGAAGCAAAGGAGUAUGUAAGAAAACAUCAGCUUGGAAGUGUACAGUUUAUUUCAGCUAAAGAUGGUGCAGAGGAAAAAAUCUGCUCUGCAGGUGUUGUCCUUUAAAUGCGUCUGCAUUCUUUCACUCCUAGCAAAAUGGCUUUUAGAUGACUUGUGAAAUCUGUGCACAUAGCUGACAUUACACGGAUACUGUACAAAAGACAACAUGCAUUCCAAUGGACAUCUCUUGUGAAAGGGAGUUUCUAUGCUUUCAAAUGAAAAGAACACCACCCUAAAUACACUGAUCCUUAACUGGAACAAGUAUUAAAGGGACUGCAUCAGAAUGUUUGUUAGUGCCAGGAAAGUCAGAAAAUGCCAGUUUGUGCAGAUACUUGCCACUUGCUUUGUAUUGUCUCUCAUGAUUUUCUGGACACCACUUGAUAAUCAUAUUGUGAGCCACAUGAAGUCCUAUUCUUACAGAUACCUCAUAAAUAGCUACAACUUUGUGAAUAAUAGCCUGUCCGUUAGCAGGGACAACUUGGACAGGGUAGCAAGAUACCAAUAUUUGAUCAACCACAAGGAGAAAUGUCAACAGCAAGAGGUCCUCCUUCUAUUGUUUGUAAAGACUUCUCCAGAAAACCGGCAUCGGCGAGAUGCAAUUCGACAAACCUGGGGUAAUGAGAAAUAUGUACAUUCUCAUCUUAACGCCAACAUUAAAACUGUUUUUGCUUUAGGACGACCAACAGAUCAUAUGCAGAGAGCACAGAUGCAAAGAAAACUUCUAAAGGAAGACCAGAAGUAUAAUGAUUUGAUCCAACAAGACUUCUUGGAUACUUUUCACAAUCUUACCCUUAAGUUACUUUUGCAGUUUGGAUGGGUGAAUGCAUACUGCCCACAUGCCAAGUUCAUUAUGUCUGCAGAUGAUGAUAUUUUUAUUCACAUGCCAAAUCUUGUUGCAUAUCUCCAAAGUCUAGUGGAAAUUGGUAUUCAAGAUAUCUGGAUUGGGCGUGUCCAUCGUGGAGCUCCUCCCGUGAGAGAUAAGACUAGCAAAUACUAUGUUCCAUAUGAAAUGUACCAGUGGCCUUCUUAUCCUGACUACACAGCUGGAGCCGCAUAUGUAAUAUCAAGUGAUGUAGCAGCUAAAGUAUAUGAGGCUUCACAGACCCUUAAUACAAGUCUUUAUAUAGAUGAUGUUUUCAUGGGUCUCUGUGCCAAUAAAAUGGGAAUUGUACCACAAUAUCAUGUAUUCUUUUCUGGGGAAGGAAAGGCUCCAUAUCAUCCCUGCAUCUAUAACAAAAUGAUAACCUCCCAUGGACAUGUGGAAGACCUUCAUCAUCUUUGGAAGCAGGCAACAGAUCCAAAAGUCAAAAGCUUUUCCUCUAGAUUUUUGGGUAGACUAUAUUGCAAAAUAGUUAACAUUAUGCUUCUUUGCAAACUACACUAUGAGGACACGUAUCCCUGUUCAGCUGCAUUUUCCUAAUACUUGAAUAUCUGCAUAGAGAUUCACUGAGCCAAAAUGGAGUGACAACUUUUAACUGUUUAUCCAAUAUAUACAUAAGUGAACAUGAAAAGAGGUAAGAUUAAAAUGUGAAUAGAUCCCAAAUUAUUCUGCUCAGGAACUUCAUCAGAAUAACUCUCUAUUGCUGUGUUAGUUUCCACAUACUGCACCCUGUAUUUUUACACUCCUUUUCAAGGGAUUUAAGUCUUGAAUAGAUAUUAACUGAUUUCAUUUUUUUAGAUAUUGAAAAGCCUGUGAAAAGUAAUUGAACUUGGGAGUACAGAAUUUGUCAAUAACCCUUGUUAAUUGCAUUCUUCCAUUUGAAAAAGAGUAUGUAAAUUAAGGCACAUGGUUUCAAGGCAAUGACUUGCAGUUGAUGCGCUACUUAAACAUCCAUAAAUAGCCCUUUCCAAACAAAAGGAAAUGAUAGUUCUGGUACCAUGAGUAGAAGAGUAGGAUGGCAAUUUAAAGUCUGAGUAAACUAGUCAAAUGGUCACCAUUUCUGUAUACAGUUCAGCAAAAUGACUCUUUAAAAAUCAAAAUAAUCCACAAAUGGUGCUAGAGGUGAAAGCUUGCUAAAACAUUUUGCUCUCUUGAGGUUACGUAAAUCCUGCACAACAUUUGGGUGGGGGGAAAUGGCAUUCAUACUGUCCUUCUAACUGGUGCUUUCAGGUAAUACACGAGCUCUGUUUAGAACAGGAAUUUACAGGAAGGUACAUUAAUAACUUCUGCAACACUACUUCAACUACAGCAACAUUUUGAAAAUUAAGUAACUUUUUUUUAAAUCUGAAAACGCUUUCUGAAGUGGUAUUUUUAAACACUCCAGUCAGUCAUUGGUAAACUAAGAGCAUGUGUAUUGAGUAUGGCCUUCCAGGUGUCUCUUUCAAAAAUACACUUCUGUCUCCCUAGUUAAUUUUCAAGAGGGAAGACAAGUUAAACUUCUCCAUUAAAUAACUCAAGGGAAGUCUGUCAUAACGUAGUUAGUUCAGAUUAUUCAAAAAGUUGAAGAAGCCAAAUUUGUGCAAACAUGAGCACUAACAGAGAAAGAUGUGAGGAGCUGAAAGUAAGGGUAGACUGCACAAAGAAGGGAUAGGGUGAAAUAUUGAUUGUAACAGGUAAAGAUGCAACAUUUAUUAAGAGAAUUACAAAGAAUCCACUAAAUUGUCCUCUCUUAAUCUAAUUGGUUUCAAGAACAGAUCUUUGUCUUAUGGCCAUGUGAAGAAGUCCGUGUCAAAAUAGAAAAUCUGUAUCUUUCUCUUUAACCAAAUCUAUUGCAUAUGUUACUCUUGCCUCUUUAACAUGAGCAAAAAGCUUAACCUUCAGUUUACAAAGGCUAGAAGUAGGUGCUAUUAAAACCCUGACCACCACCACCACUGUUUGUAACCUGAUAGUUCAUAACCAUGUCCAAAACCUCUAAAACUGAGCUCUGGGAGAAGGACUCAAUGCUCUUCUUAUCAGUCUGGUUGUAACAAUGUUUCCGUGUACUUUGU